AUGACUUCGAGAUUGAGUACAAUAUCUCUGGUCUAUGAUGACGGCAGUACUGACAACCCUAUGAUUCAAUACGUGGACACCUGUCUCAGUGACAAGGAUGCAGCUAAAUAUGUCACUGGAAUUGUGUUCCACUGUUACCUGGCUAAUAGACAUGAAUGUGUGGGUCGUAAGGGAAAGGACACCCUGUACUGUGUUUGCAACGCUACAUAUUGCGAUGACCUAGAUCCUAUUACCAAACAACCCGUUGGAACUAUACUGUCCUACCAGACCAGUCAAAGUGGGGACAGAUUCAAAGAAUCGCAAUUAAAGUUUACCAAACAAAAUGACCACGUUGACGCUGAUCGUGUCGUACUGACCCUGGAGAAAAGUUUUAAGUUCCAAAAGAUAUUUGGUAUAGGUGCCGCGUUUACUGAUGCAGCUGCUAUUAAUAUUGGUAGUUUGCCCAAGGACAUGUCCGAUAGAGUUAUCAAGGACUAUUUCUCAGCAUCUGGUAUUGGGUUCAGUAUGGCUCGCAUACCUAUGGCCGGAUGCGACUUCUCGACCCAUAUAUACACAUACGAUGAUACAAAGGAUGACUAUUCACUUGAACAUUUUACUAUGCCUGAUGAGGAUAUUAAAUACAAGAUUCCGCAAAUUAAAUUAGCUAAAGAGGUGGCUCAACAUGGCCUUAAACUGUUCGGCAGUCCCUGGACUACACCGAAAUGGCUCAAUGACAAAGAGUCAUUUAGUUCAAUGCAGUUCUUAAACGCAUCUAUUGAGCGCGACUUUAUUAAAAAGCACCUUGUACCCGCAUUGACAAAGGCUGGCUAUACAAAGGAUAAAAUGAACUUGAUGGUUUACGAUGAUGGCAGUGAUCAAAAUCCUAUGAUCGAGUACGUGGACACGUGUCUCAGUGACAAGGAUGCUGCUAAAUAUAUCACAGGCAUCGCAUUCCAUUGUUAUCUGUCUACUAGGUAUCCCGGUAUCGAUGCAUUGCACCAGAAGUACCCUGAUGUAUUUACACUAAUGAGUGAAUGUUGUCAAAACUUUCGCAAAAAUACCGAACCCUUCACACCGUCCACUCUGGGCGAGUGGGGACAGGCAACUAAUUAUGCCAAUCAAAUUGUAGAUACUUUUCAUCACUGGGUGAGUGGUUGGGUGGAAUGGAAUUUGGCCCUGGACAUAUUUGGUCACCCUAACAAAGAUUUUAAAAUGGCUGACGCACCCUUGCUCAUUGAUGCUAAAAACAAGGAAUAUUUCAAAAAUCCCAACUUCUAUGCCAUCGGGCACUUUAGCAAGUUUAUAGCACCCGAUUCAGUUAGGGUUGAGCUGACAGCCAGUCAAACUCCGGGAAAUUUCAAGUCUAUUGCUUUUGAAAGACCAGAUAAUUCAGUAGUUAUUGAGUUGGUCAAUAGCGGUGGUAACCCGAUUGAUAUAACUAUCAAUGAUCCAGCUCAUGGC